AUGAAAGUGCUCCUUGGCCUACUUUUGGCCUCUUUUGUGGCAUCUCAGAGCUCAGAAGGACGUGAUGAGCACUACACAUACAAGCAACUCUGUAUAGUGGACAACAAACCACAGGUUCUUGAUGGAUUCGAUUGUCGUAACCAAGUCGCUGUGGCCAGGUGGCAGAAUGCAGUGAAUACUACCGGAUGGACCUUCCUUGAAGUGGAGACCAAGGAGAAUUACUGCCCACAACUCCAAGCGUACUCCGCAGGAUACCUUGAGGGAAUCCUCUCCAAGACUGUUCUCACCUACCACUUGAAGAAUGCUCAGGAGGACUAUUGCAAGAACUUCACCGGAUACUGCUCCAGACUCUCCGAUUUCCUUACCGAGAAUCAAAAGUGGAUUCAAUCCACUUUGGAAACAGUCGCUCCAGAUGAUCUCUAUUGGGGAGCGGUCAACAGAACAUACCAUCAAGUCUCCGGAUUGAUCGACGCUUAUGAGGGACGCGAGUUCAACCCAAGAAUCACCUAUGAGCUUCACCCAAUCUUGUACCUUAAUUUGAACGGAGAUUUCUAUGAUUUGGAAAAGAAAUUGAACAAAACUAGAGACCCAGCUUUCGAGCAGACCGGAGGAAAGUGCUCGGGAUUGAUUAAAGUUGCUCCGGGAAACACUGAUCUGUUCAUCUCUCAAGUCACUAUGUCUGGAUUCCAAAACAUGCUCAGAGUUAUCAAGCUCUAUAAGUUCGGAUAUGACCGCGAGUUCUAUCCGGGAUACGGAUCUUCCUUCUCUUCCUACCCAGGACUCUUGUACUCCUCCGAUGACUUUGCACUUCAAACUUCUGGACUGGCAGUCAUUGAAACCACUAUCAGUGUCUUCAACACUUCUCUUUUCGAGAAUACGAAACCAGUCGGUCAACUUCCAACAUGGGUCAGAGCUAUCGUCUCCAACCAACUUGCGCGUGACGCUAGAGAGUGGUGCAAACUUUAUGCUCUUUACAACUCGGGAACUUACAAUAACCAAUGGGCGGUUUUGAACUACAAAAAGUUCACACCAAACCGGCCACUCCCCAAGAAUGGACUCUUCUAUGUCUUGGAGCAGAUGCCAGGAAAGAUUGUUUACUCCGAUCUCACAUGGUUCAUCGAGAAGUACUCUUACUUCCCAUCCUACAACAUUCCAUUCUUCAAAGAGAUCACUGAAAUCUCCGGAUUCAUCGGUCAAGCCGCCAAACUCGGUGACUGGUUCAAAUGGGGAUCCUCUCCAAGAGCCAAAAUCUUUGACCGUGACCAUGUCAAGGUUCAUGACUUAGACACCCUUACCGCUCUUAUGAGAUACAACGACUAUCAAAACGACGAGUUCUCAAAGUGCAAGUGCAACCCACCAUACUCCGCAGAAGCCGGUAUCUCUGCUCGUGGAGACUUGAACCCGGCUAACGGAACUUACGAGUUCCCAGGACAGGGACACGUGAACCACGGAGCUCUUGACUACAAGGGAACAAAUGUCGAGUUGAUGAAGAAACUUCAAUUUGUCGCUCAAGGAGGACCAACAUGGGGCAAAGUGCCAUCCUUCAAGUGGUCUGAGUUUGACUUUAAAGACAAAGUCAGCCAUGUCGGACACCCAGACGAGUGGAAGUUCAACACUUUGGUUCACAAAUGGGAAACUGAAAUCAAGAUGAAUUAG